CAGCCGGUGCUGUGACAAGAAAAGUUGUGGCAAUAGAAACGAAACGCCCUCAGACCCUGUAAUCAUUGACAGAUUCUUUCUAAAGUUUUUCCUCAAGUGCAAUCAGAACUGUUUGAAGAAUGCAGGCAACCCUCGAGAUAUGCGGAGAUUCCAGGUUGUUGUAUCGACAACAGUCAACGUGGACGGCCACGUGCUGGCCGUGUCAGACAACAUGUUUGUGCACAACAAUUCCAAACACGGGAGGCGGGCCCGCCGCCUCGACCCGUCAGAAGCCACUCCGUGCAUCAAGGCCAUCAGUCCCAGUGAAGGCUGGACCACGGGGGGUGCCACCGUCAUCAUAAUUGGCGACAACUUCUUUGAUGGGCUGCAAGUUGUGUUCGGAACUAUGUUGGUGUGGAGCGAGCUGAUAACUCCCCAUGCCAUCCGAGUCCAGACCCCGCCGAGGCACAUUCCUGGCGUCGUUGAAGUGACCCUCUCCUACAAAUCCAAGCAGUUCUGCAAAGGUGCUCCUGGGCGCUUUGUCUACACCGCCCUUAAUGAACCAACCAUAGAUUACGGCUUUCAGAGGUUGCAGAAAGUGAUCCCAAGACAUCCGGGUGAUCCCGAAAGGUUACCCAAGGAGGUGUUACUGAAGCGGGCAGCGGACCUGGUGGAAGCCUUAUACGGAAUGCCCCACAACAACCAGGAGAUCAUCUUGAAGCGAGCGGCGAACAUCGCCGAGGCGCUGUACAGCGUUCCCCGCAAUCACAACCAGAUCCCCACCCUGGGCAACACCCCUGCGCACACGGGCAUGAUGGGCGUCAACUCCUUCAGCAGCCAGCUAGCCGUCAACGUGUCGGAGACGUCACAAGCCAACGACCAAGUCGGCUACAGUCGCAAUACAAGCAGCGUGUCCCCGCGAGGCUACGUCCCCAGCAGUACUCCCCAGCAGUCCAAUUACAACACAGUCAGCACUAGCAUGAAUGGAUAUGGAAGUGGCGCCAUGGCCAAUCUAGGGGUCCCUGGCUCGCCUGGAUUUCUUAAUGGCUCCUCCGCUAACUCUCCCUACGGCAUAGUGCCGUCCAGCCCCACCAUGGCAGCCUCUUCGGUCACCCUCCCUUCAAACUGUAGCAGCACACACGGCAUUUUCUCAUUCUCACCUGCCAAUGUCAUCUCCGCAGUGAAACAGAAGAGCGCCUUCGCGCCCGUGGUCCGGCCCCAAGCCUCCCCUCCUCCUUCCUGCACCAGCGCCAACGGGAACGGACUGCAAGGCUCUCUGCUGGGUGCUGAGGACGUAGCCGCGGAGAAGACAAACUGGCCCUUUUGUGAAGUCGGUGGCAUAUUUCACUUUGAUGAACUAAUGCUCAAAAAAGGAACUGGAAAGCUAUGUCUGGGCUGGUAGUCCCGCCAAUGUGAGGGACUCCUGUUCACCUUCCGCAGCACCCAGCAUCAAAGGACGGACUUCAGGGGACACGUUUAGUAUAUUAAGACAUGCUGAUGGAAACAGUAUCUUCAAAAAUAGCAGCAGCAAUUGAAAUGCUACAAAAGACUUUGUUUAAAGAUUUUAUUUAAACUACUAAGAAUCAACAUGCAAACAGCCUCCUUCUUCAUGAACAAUUCCAUUUUAUUGACUGAACUUUUCUCAUAUUUUCACAUUUCUCAGUCCUGAAGAAUAAGGAAAACAAAGCGACGCCUAUUUUGUAUAAAGUUUCUGACUCCGUCUUGGCCAUGUCUAGUAAUUGCUAUGUGUUGGGAGAAACUUUGUGAAUGCACCAUUUUGAUGAUCAUGAAACGCUGAUGAAAAAUGCCUCCAAACAUUUUUCUGUACUCAUACUUAGAUUCACAAUGGUUGUGUAUCUCUAUAAUGUGAAAUAUUUUUUUGUGGUGAUAAAAAGGGGGCCAAGGAGGUAUGAGCCAUCAGACUGGAAAAAAGGAUGACUAUAUGAUUAGGAGAAACUGGGGUGGCAGGGAGGGAGGGAGGGUUUAUCAUUGCUUAACUUCAUCUUAAUGAAAUGAAACUUUGUAACUUAUUGUAGUUAGAAAUUGUAACUUUGAUAUUGAAUUCUCUUGCCUUCAACAAGCACACUGACAGAGAAAAACGCUACUGUCUGUUGGUUCCAAUAUUCUCCCACUGCUAGAGCUUCCUGUUAAGCAAGUGUGAUCUGCAACAUUUUUUCAACUUUUGCUAGCACUGUAUACUAUUGCAUUCUUAGGCUACUGUGAGGUCUAUGUUUCUUGUACCAGAAAUUGUCCUUUUGACUUCUAGAUCCUUCUUCCCUAAUGUGUUUUGUAUGUGGUUAUAAAAUUGUAGACUUUUGUGAUUUUGCCAAAGUUGUAGCUAAAUAUUUAUACACUUGUCUUGAAUUUUUUUCAGAUCCACUUAAAAUAUUUAGAAAAACAAGUUUUAUUCCUUAUGUGUCUUAUAAGGAAUAAAAUGGUCUUCAUUUGACACUUACUUUCCCAUGAACACUUGCAGUUGCUAAGGGACUUUAUUUUGUAACAUAUCAAUUAUAAAUAUUGUAUUUAUCUUUGAAAUUUUGUACAUUGCUUUUCCCGCCUUUUCCUUUUUCUUCUUUCUUGUCUGCGUUGGUUUUUGAUCAUGGCCUGGUGUUGUGAUACUGGGAAGAGCAUUAGCCAAGAACUUGUCUCUUUGAUCUGUUUCGUUAAGAUGAACCAGUGUCUUUACAUUUCAUUUGUACUUCAAAAAUAUGCUAUUGUUUAGACUUUCCAUCUUUUUUUUUAUUUUGAGGAAAAGUCAAAUUCAUUGUUUAUUUUUAUAUUAUUUUUAAGUUAUCUGAACAAAUACUUUUGAAAAAAAAGUUAGUUGUAUAGUCAAAACAAAUCGGUGCCACCCGGCCGUGACAAAUCCUACGAGAGUCUGUGCAUGUGGAACGGCCGCGAAGAGGCGACACCAUUUGGGGCUGUGUCCUUAUUUUAUUUUAUUUUUUUGUAGAAUGUAAAAAGUCAUUUUAGAUGCCACCCAUGACUUUGCCACAUAGCUGAACUGUGUUUACUGGAAAAAUUCAGAGGCCUAAAGUUUAAAAUAAAAUUUACUUCUGAUGUUUUAAUUAAAAUGUUUGCCACAUUAACUUCUCUGAUGCCUUAAAAGUGGACUUCUUUAAAGAACCUUUGUGCUAUUUUAUCACAGGCUUACACAACAAUUGUUAAUAAAUACUUCAUUUGGAGAUUUAUGGUGUAAAACACACAAACACACACACAAAAGCACAAGCCCGCUGCAUGACCCGUCUCUCCUUUCUGGGACUAUUUCUGCUGCAGCCUGUACCCUCCUGGGCCCACCUCCGAGUCACAGAGGUUUCAGGGGGACCCAAAUCACUGCUGAUUUUUAAUUUUUUUUUUAACAAUACAUUUUUGUGGUCAGUUCCAACAGCACUGUCCGUACUUUUAAAACUGGAACGACCUCCUUCAGAUAUUGUGCCUCUUAGUGCCAAACCCACAGUGAGACCAAAAGUGUCAGGUUUUUUUUUUUCUUUCUCCUUUGCACUAAAUGCUUUGCAGACACAGCACAGCACAAACAUUUUGCAAAUUGCAGCAGAAAUUCAAUUUAAAAAGGAGGGACUUUAAAAUACCUUCUUGACAAAAAUCAACAAUGCACAACUUAGAAAGUGUUCAUUCUAGGGACAAAAUUAAAUAAACAGAAUGUCCCCAGGAGUCAGCAGGUCACAGUCUGGCUUUGUGACAGUUGACAAGGCCUAGCUACAUGGGAAAGCCUGAGAAGUCACUUUGGAACUAAAUUGCCUCCGUUUUAUUUUGUACGAGUAAGGGUUUGAUCUACAAAAGAGCGCACAUGGACGCACUGAGAACGCCUGCCAGCUUCCCCAUGCCCUCACUUGGUUUGUGUUUUAGGUUAAGUAGUCAACGCCCACAUCACUUCACUGUCUCAAGACUGAGCACUUCACUAAAUGGUAGAUUUUACUGUUAAAGACCCUACAAUAAGAUUGUUUUAUCUGUACAUUUUUUCAGAUAUUUAACUGUAUAAAAAUGUUCAUUUUACACAAUAUUUAAUUAAAGUAUUUCUUGUCUGUGAAUUUCACUUUUGGUAAUUCUGUUUUGAUUAUUAAAAUGACUGACUAAAC